AUGUUUGGAGAUGAAAACUACAAACCUCUUUUGCUUCCAAUUCUUUAUGACUUGGCUAAUUUAAUGCGAGAAGGAUUUUUGAAGAGUGACAAAUAUCAAGAGAAUGAAAAGGGAAAUCAUCAUCAGUUUUUGAGAAGAAGUUUUAACAAUGAAAAUUCAAGAGUCACUAAAGAAACUGAUUUUUCAUCACCAUCAAAUUUUAUGCGCGUUGACACUCUUCAUGUGGAAGAAGAUGACAAACCAGUUGUAAAGAAUAUUCAUGAAGAUUUUCAAAGUAUUAAACCGGAACCAUUAAUGAUGAUUUUGAACUCAUCUCUUAAUAACACUUAUGACGCACACUCAGGUGACAAAUCGUUGCCACACAAACUUCCAAGAGUUGAUUCAACAGCAUCUAAUACUUUUAGAAGUAGAGAAGAAAUUGAAAACUUAGCUUUGUCUGAUUUAAAUGGAACAGUACAUAUGACACUCAGAGAUGUUAAUGGAUCUGAUAUAUUCCCAUCAGCUUUAAUUGGACGUCGUCACAAAAAACCUUCUGGUCAUAAUGUUGGACCCAAUCCAGAAAAUUGUGAGCGGUUUACAGGUGGAAUUUGUUUAGUUGCACAAAAUUAUCCCACUAAUGAAAUUAUGGGCAGUAUUAGACGACACCGACAUGCUAUGGAAGCAUUAUUAGCUGAAUAUCGGGAUAAAACAGCAGAACUUGAAAAACUCGAUUAUCUCGGCAAUCCAACGUCUGAUUUAAGUGACUUGAGACGGCAAGACAGUUCUGGUACAUCAGCACCCGGUUCAAUGUGUAGUAGUAUAAUUCGUUAUGCUCGGCCACAAAAAGCUCGUUCGGCAACAGGUGAAUGGAAGUUCAUCGUAAAUACUGGUGAACAUACUCAAACACUGAGAUUAGAAAAAUGCAGUCAGCCACUUGACCCUUGCAGUUAUUUAACAGAAAACUUUGAAUCGUCUUGCACCCAAAUUUAUAAUUAUCAUCGACUUUUGAGUUGGGACAGUUCACGUGGCCUUCACGUUGAUAUUUUUAAGGUCCCCACUUGUUGUUCAUGUCAUCUUGUAGGAUACAAGGAAUCAUUUCCACCACUUUCAUCACCAAGUAACAGUAUUUCUAGUAUCUCUUCAAAAAGACAAAGACCUAUCGAUUUGGAUACUUUUUCGUCAUCAUCAAAUCGAAAUUCCCAAUACAGCACGUUACUCGAAUCGGAUGACAUCGAAGAUAACAAUGAUAGCGAAGAUUCAAACAUUGCUUAUCAAUUUGGAAAUGGAUUUAAAAGAUUAAAGCCAAAGAAGCCUUCAGUACUUCCUCCUGACCCUGACAAUGCUAAAUCAUCUCGACCAUCAAACAAAAGAAAUCGCGUUCGGCCUGAAACAUUUUUAACGCCACCAGCAAAUAAUAAAAACUCAAAUUUCCCUUUUACAAAACGUAAUUCAAAUCGACAAAGAACACCAACAUUGAAAAGAAAACAAUUUGAUCAGAGUUUUGCAGAAAGUGAUACAAAAGUGUCACGUGCUAGUAUCGGUGGUUCAAAAGGUGUUACGUCACUGCCAUCAAGACCUUUUUCACAAAGUGAACGACCGAAAAAGAUAACACCGUCAAUUUCCUCGACUAUUGACACAAACUCAGUGAACCUUCGAUUAGCAAAUGCUAACAGCCUCGAACCUAAAAGAAUCAACUACAAUUAUCAUCCGAUUAUCGACUUUUUUGAGGAUGAUCAACCACACAAAAAUAGUUUAGAAAAGAAAACUGGGAAAUUUGUAACUGAUGACAACAGUUGGAGGCCAGUUAUAGGAGGUUGAAUAAUCUCACUUUCAUUUCUAUUUAAUUUAUUUAUUUAUUUAAAUUUAUAGUUCUCUGUAUAAAAUAUUAAAAAUGAAAAUAUAAAGAUAUUUUUGUCAACUUGAAUUAAAAUCGAAAGCUUUUGAUCUCUAUGUCAAGUUCAAUAAAAGUCCAAAAAAGUU